AUGUCGGCUCAAAAACACCAAUUACUAAUUCAUGUACACGAUUUCCAGCCCGGUUUAUCAAAUUCACAACUUAAAUGCGGACAUGCUCCAGUUAAACAGUGCAUUGCCACCAAUAUAUCAUUACGUGGACAAUCUCUCAUCAUAAAUAAUCCUGCAAUUUAUAAAUUUCCACAAAACUUUUUAUCAUUAGGUGGAAGAAUCAAUACAUCAUUCUACAAAAUGGCUAAAAUCGAUAGCACACAAACUAUUGAUUCGGGAAAUCCUUUUCAAAUGGCUGCAGACUAUAUAACUGAUCGUGUUGCUGUAAUCGGAACUUUAGGAACAGCCAAAUCGCAAAAUAGAUUCAUUAAUAGACUUUUGGAUUUAUAUAUUCCAUUGGAUUCCAUUUUUAAAUCCGAAGACCCGAAAAAUCAGAAGAUUCAUUCAUUUCUUGAUAUAAAUCCUUCAAUAGAAAUAGAUCCAUUCUUAAAAUCAAUUACAAAUGAAUCCUAUAAUACGCAAAUGAAUACGCAUACAGCUAUAUUCGAUAAAGUGAUUUUGGGAUUGCAAAAAUUUGAUAAUUUUGACAUGAAUUAUCUUUCAUCACCAUAUACCGAGAAAUCGUUAACUAUACCUCCAGGACUUCUGAGAUCUCAUUUUUCAAUGUCUAAAACAGAUCCUAGAUUAAUUACAGUUUUAUUACCACCAGAAGAUAAAAUAGUAAAUCUCACGAGGUCUCUCGAGACUAUUAAAAGCAAAUGCACUAAGUGUAAUAUACAAAUUAUUAAUUAUUCAUCAUUAUUAGUUCAAAAUUAUAUCAAUACAAUUUCAAAGUCCAAGAUAUUGAUUGCAGGUAGAUAUUACGGAUCAGAACUUUCAUAUUUUAUGAAUCCUGGAAGUAUUCUGUUAGAACUUUCUCAAAAUAUGUUUGAUUGUGAUGAAAGAUCAAAAUUACUGGCCCAAGCAGCCGGAGUUGCCUAUUAUAAUCUUGGUUCUAGUGUUUCUUAUGAUUGGAACGAAUGUAAAAAUAAUUGUAACAGCCAAUUUUGUCUUGAACUUGUUUCUUCAAUGAAACUAUAUACAGAGCCAGCAAUGUUUAAUGCCGCAUGGGAUGUAUCAUUCAAACAAAUUCAAGAAUCUUGA